AAUUCCCUGCACUCUGGCACAGAACGUUUCUACCUGGAGUUUCAUUGUCAGAUAUGCGGCUCUGCAUCUGGCCAUGGGCCUCAUAUGGUUUGUGCCUUCUGGCAUUCCUGUCUCACUGUGUAACAGCUGUGGAGAGACACUAUUACAUUGCAGCUGUUAAUAUAUACUGGGACUACUCAUCUGAUGGACAGCAAAGGACUGGGCCAUCUUAUAAAAAAGUGGUUUACAGGGAGUAUGAUGCAGGAUUUACACAGGCUAAAACACAUCCCUUGUCCUCAGGGCUACUUGGUCCUACAUUGCGUGGACAAGAGGGUGACACAAUUAUUGUCACGUUCAGGAACAUGGCUGAUCAUGCCUGCAGCAUGCACCCACAUGGCAUUGCUUAUGGGAAGCAGUCAGAGGGAGCUUCAUACUUUGACAACACUUCACUCCUUGAGAAAGAGGAUGAUUUAAUUCCACCCGGCAAUGAGCACACAUAUCAAUGGGACAUAAAUUCUGAGGUGUCCCCCACAGCUUUGGACCCCCCAUGCAUCACCUACACAUACAUCUCCCACACUGACAUUGUGAAGGACUACAAUACAGGGUUGAUUGGCAUAAUGCUGAUCUGCAAGAAAGGCGCUCUAGACAAUUCUGGAAAUCAGAUCCAUUUCCAUCAGGAAGCUGUGCUGUUGUUUGGUGUGUUUGAUGAGAACAAGAGCUGGUACAGCAAUUCAGGCCCUCCACAGGCACAGAAUGUCAAAUACACCAUCAAUGGUUAUACAAAUGGCUCUGUACCUGAUCUGGGCAUCUGUGCCCACUCCAAAGUCAGCUGGCACCUGCUGGGCAUGAGCUCUGAGCCAGAGCUCUUCUCUGUGCACUUCAAUGGGCAUGUCCUUCUGCAGGAUGGACACAAAACCUCAGCAGUUGGCAUCAUUAGUGGCACUGCAACUAGUGCCAGUAUGACUGCUGUCCACCCUGGGCGCUGGCUCAUCUCUUCUUACAUUAGCAGGCACUUGGAAUCUGGCAUGCAUGGUUACCUGAAUAUUAGGGCAUGUGAAGAGUUCCCUGCACCUAAAAGAAGGAUAACCAUUCAACAGAAACAGGAAAGCCAAGAGUGGAUUUAUUAUAUAGCAGCAGAAGAGAUUAUCUGGGAUUAUGCUCCACACAUGCCAGACAACAUGGACGGGGAUUUCCGAUCAAAAUAUUUAAAGCAGGGGCCACAGCGGAUAGGUAAAAAAUACAAAAAAGCUGUGUUUACACAGUAUAAAGAUGGCACGUUUAAAGAAAGAGCAGAGGAUAAGCAAAGAAAAAAAGAACUUGGGAUUCUUGGGCCAGUGAUAAGAGCCCAAAUCAGAGAUGUCAUAAAGAUUGUCUUUAAAAACAAAGCAUCACGUCCAUAUAGUAUCUAUCCUCAUGGACUGACCAUUGAUAAAGCAGCAGAAGGAGCUAGUUACCCCAAGGGAGGGAACCAGACACAUGGCAUCCAGCCAGGAGAUACCUACACAUAUGAAUGGAAUGUGGCUGAGGAAGAUGUGCCAACAGAUAGUGACCCGAGAUGUCUAACCAGGAUGUACCACAGUGCAGUGGACACUCCUCAAGACAUUGCUUCUGGUCUUGUGGGUCCUCUCCUCAUCUGUAAGAGUCAGUCCCUCAACAAAAAGAAUGUCCAGCUAAAAGCCGACAAAGAACAGCAUGCCAUGUUUGCAGUUUUUGACGAGAACAAGAGCUGGUACAACGAUGAGAACAUCAACACAUAUUGCAGUGACCCCCAAAAAGUCAAAAAAGAUGAUCCAGAGUUUUACAAAUCAAAUGUUAUGCAUACAAUCAAUGGUUAUGUGUAUGAAAGUGGCCAAGAGCUGGGAUUUUGUAAUGGUGAAAUUGUGACGUGGCACGUGUCCAGUGUUGGGGAUCAGGAUUAUAUCCAGACAGCCACUUUUUAUGGCCAUACAUUUGAGCUGAAACACAGGGAAGAGGAUAUGCUUAGCCUCUUUCCCAUGACUGGAGAAACAAUCACUAUGAACAUGGAGAAUAUAGGUAUAUGGCUUUUGGCAUCACUGAACUCUCAUGAUUCCACAAAAGGAAUGAGGGUGAAAUUCAAAGACUUUGAAUGCUUCAGAGAUUAUGUCAUGGAAUACGAUUAUGAUACACCUGAAAAAUUCACUGUAUGGAAACCUUUGCCCGUCACUGAAAUCAAGAAAGUUACAACGAACCCAGAUAUCCCUAAGGUGACUGAUGUGGCCAGUGAUGACUAUGCAGAAUAUCUUGGCCUAAGAACAUUCAGAAACCACAGUACAGAUGAGGUUGAGCUUCUUGACCUUUCGUUUCUAGAUCAUGAGGAUGGUUUCUUGCCAACUGUUGAGGAAAGGAGUUCAGCCCUAAUGAAUGAUUUGGAAAAACCACACAAUGCUACUUUAGGAUCUUUUAAUCAGACUCAUGGUUUACCAGCUGAGGGGGGCAAAAAACAAAAAGAUGUCCUGAGUGAAAGCACAGAAGAUGGAUUGCUCGACAAAUUAAACACUUUUGAUUCCAAUGAAAUCAUCAAUGAAACUUCUAAUAAUAUCUCACAUUUUUCAGGGGUAAAAAGAUAUGUUCGCAGUGCAUCAAUUAGGUCAGUAAAUGAAACAGACAGUAACUCUACCAAUAUCACUCAUAUUCCGGUUACUAAAAGAAAUUUCACCAAAGCAGAUGAUGGUGUUUUAUCACAAAAGUUAUUAAAUACAACAGACAUUGUCUCUAUUAAUAAAACUUAUAUUCCAUUUAUUGAAAGGAACAUCACCCUUUUGGGAAAAAACACUCAUGCUACCAUAAUUGAAAGAAAUGCAAUCAUAGCAGAAAAUGGCAGUUCACCACUAGAGCUAAUUAAUAAAACUUACAGUGUCUCCACAAAUACCACUCAAGUUCCAAUUAUUGACAGAAAUAUCACUCUUUUGGAAGAUAGUACCUCAACACUAGAGAUAAUAAAUGAAACAUACAGUGUCUCCACCAGUACAAGAAAUAACUCGCAUGUUCUAGUUGGUGAUACAAAUUCAACAAAUGAAUAUAUUGCAAGACAAGAUUUAACUGAAGCAAAGCCCCUGCUAUCAAACCAAACUUUAGAAACUUAUGUGGUAAACACAACAGUAAUUCAAGAAGAGCUAUACUCUCUAAAUGGCACUGGCAAUUUGGAUGGUCAGAGUGAUAGUUCAGUCUUCAUAUAUAGUGUACCUACUAGUCUUGACUCUCACUUCAACAGCUCAGAUAUACAAGAGGAAGAGGCAUUUGUGCUGCUGGACAGUGGUCAUCAUUUGGACAUUUCAAAGGAUGAUAUGACUGUAGUGGAAUAUGAUAUCUCACCAACAGUCCUACCCAAGAACAUCACAUUUGAGUUAGCUGAGAAUACUAGUGAUAAUAUUACAAACACAACAGGCAUGAGCAUUAAUGAACUCGACCGAACAAAGGAGAAUUACACCAGUGAGAUGCAUUCUCAAAUGAAUUCUGAAAUCAAAAGCACAUUAUUUACACCUUAUCUCAAUGUUUCCAUGCCACCUACAAAUAGCACAGUGCAAAGUAAUGAGUCUGAAUCCUUGAAUGCAACCUUGUCUGAUUUCGGCCUGUACUUUGGAGCAGAAAUAACAGAGAACACAACGUCAUCCACUAACGGUACAUUGAAAUAUUACGGUGAAGCAUUCUGGAAUGCAUCAGAGACCUUCCACUCUAAUGAUAUGGAGAAUACUUCCUUCUCUCUCAGUUUUUUCAAUGUUUCAUCCAUGCAGAACAGCUCGGAAAGUGAAAUUGAAGCGAGUCUGGAGGAUGUGGCCAUCUAUCUAAAGAACAACCACAGUGAGGCCAUCCUCACUUCUCCUCUCAACCCAAGAGAAGAGCAUUGGGGUUAUGAGGGCAACCAUGAAGUGGUUCAUCUGGAAAUUCCAGAUAACAUAAACAAAUACAUCAUAGACCAGCCAGCAGCAAAUUUAAACAAGCCAAAAAGUGAAAAGAAGGAGGAGAAGAAAAAAGUAGUUCACCACAGGGUGAAGCCAAGAAAAGGAUUUGGCAUGAAAACAAAGAAGAGGAAAGACUAUAAGCCACAGUCCCCUUCUGCUGUGUCCCCAGGGGGUCUGUCUCCACGAGGUUUUGGACAUGCUGGGUUCACCCCAAGAGGAACAAGGCCUAUCUCUAAUGAGGAUGACCUGACAGGGAAGGCCAUUGUCAUAGGAGUGCCAAGGCGAGAUUUCAAUGAUUAUGAUCUAUAUGUUUCAAAACAUGAGCAGGAUACAGAUUUUGAUAGUGCCCUUGAUCACUCUGAAGAGUAUGAAUAUGUGGAGUACAAAGACCCUUAUAGCACAAAGGCAGACAUUCAGAGCAUGGCAGUUGAUUCAAGCAUUUCUCAGCAUUUCUUAAAAAAGGCAGAGGAAAAUAAUACCAGGAUCUAUUUCAUCUCAGCAGAGGAAGAAGAAUGGGAUUAUGCUGGCUAUGGGCAAAGGAGGUAUGAAAAAAACUCUCAAACUACAAGGCCCACAUCUUUCAAAAAAGUGGUUUUCAGAAAGUACCUAGACAGCACAUUCAGUAUCCGUGACAUCCGCGGAGAAAUGGAUGAACACUUGGGGAUUCUGGGUCCAGUCAUUAAAGCUGAAGUUGAUCAGAAAAUAAUGAUAUUUUUCAGGAACCUUGCCAGCCGUCCAUACUCUUUGCAUGCAAAUGGGGUGAAAUACUUUAAACAAAAUGAAGGGCUGAGUUAUGAUGAUAAUUCACCUUACUGGUACAAGAUGGACAAUGCAGUUCAACCCAACAGCACCUUUAUCUACAUCUGGACUGUAAAUCCAAAAUCUGGACCAAAAAAUAAUGAAUCUGACUGCCGCACAUGGGCCUAUUACUCUGGAGUAAAUCCUGAGAGAGAUAUCAACUCUGGACUUAUUGGGCCUCUUCUGGUGUGCAGGAAGGGUACACUGAAAGAAAAUCAUGUAGACAGAAGAGAGUUUGUGCUGCUCUUUAUGACCUUUGAUGAGAAUAAGAGCUGGUACUAUGCGGAGAACCGAGAAAGGAUUGAGAGGAAAAGCAGAGACAUAGUCAAGAAUCAAUUUUUUCAUGAGAAUUUUAAGUUUGACGCCAUCAAUGGUAUUAUCUACAGCCUCAAAGGACUUCGAAUGUACACAAAUCAGCUAGCAAAGUGGCAUCUGAUCAACAUGGGCUCUCCAAAAGAUCUCCACAGUGUCCAUUUUCACGGUCAAACGUUCAUAAAUAAGGAGUUUAAGGACCACCGUCAGGGUGUUUACCCACUUUUACCAGGUGGAUUUGCUACACUGGAAAUGUUGCCCUCAAAGCCUGGUCUCUGGCAGCUGGAGUCUGAAGUUGGAAUCUCCCAGCAGCAGGGCAUGCAAACGCUAUUCCUUGUGUUAGAUAAUGUCUGUAAUCACCCUCUUGGUCUCAUCUCUGGAACUGUGAAAGACGAACACAUAUCGGCAUCAGACUCAAGAGGACAAUGGCAUGCUUAUUUGGCCAGACUGCACAACACAGGGAAAUACAAUGCGUGGAGUACAACAAAGGAAGGGCAGCAUAUCCAGGUGGACUUCCAGAGGCCAGUGGUGAUAAGUAAAGUUGCCACACAGGGAGCCAAGCAAUUCUUGACAUCACACUUUGUACUGAACUACACCAUUUCAUACAGCACAGACAAAAAGAAGUGGAACUUUUACAAGGGAAACAGUAGUGAUGUCAGAAUGACUUUUGAAGGUAACAACGACGCUUAUGAUGUGAAGGAGAAUAUAUUUUUCCCACCUUUGAUUGGUCGAUAUGUGAGACUGCAUCCCUCACAUUCUUACAACUCUCCAACUGUUCGUUUGGAAUACUUUGGUUGUGAGCUUGAUGGUUGUUCUGUGCCACUGGGAAUGCAAAGUGGCCUGAUUAAAGAUAAGCAGAUCACUGCCAGUUCAGUGGCCUCCAGUUGGUACUCUCGACAUUGGCAUCCUUGGUAUGCACGCUUAAAUAAUCAAGGGAGCAUCAAUGCCUGGCAAGCCAAGAAAAAUAACAUGCAGCAAUGGAUCCAGGUAGAACUCCCAGUUGCAAAAAAGAUAAGUGGGAUUAUAACCCAGGGGGCAAAAUCAUUAGGCACUGAGAUGUUUGUGACACAAUAUAUUCUGGAGUACAGUGAUGAUGGCAAGAGAUGGUCAAAGUACACAGAAGAUGAAGAUUAUGAGCAAAAGACUUUUGAAGGCAACACUGAUAACAAUGGCCAAGUUAAGAACUACAUCUAUCCGCCAAUAUUUUCCAGAUUCAUCCGAAUUAUUCCAAAACGAUGGCAUAGCACCAUCACCAUGAGGAUUGAGCUGCUUGGUUGUGAUUUUGAAUAAAGACUGUUAUCUGUCUCUGAAAUGUCAACACAUUUUUAUAAAAUUUAUAUUUGUGUAUAUGAGUUUGUAUAAUGAAAUGUAUUAAAUGAAUUCUAAAAACAUGCUUUCAAACUUUUUGAAUAAUAGGGUAAUGAAAAAGGUUGCUAUGCCUGUUUUUACACCUUACAGGAAAGGCCACGAUCUUAAAACGGUGGAAAAAGUAAAUUUUCUUAUCUUUGAACAUCAAGGUUUGAAAUUGCCUUUUGCAAGCACAUAUACAUAACAUAUUGAACGUCAUUUAGUCAUGCACGUGUAUCUGUAUUUUUAUGUACUGUUCGUCAUAUGACCAUCAUUUUGUCCAAUCCUUUUUGCUUCAGUUGGGUAUAUGAAUGAAACUUGUAAGUGAAUGAGUUUUCUUUUACUUCCAUUGUUUCAAUAGUGAACAACUCAGUGAAUCAGCAAUUAUUCACUACUCAUUAUUCACAUUUGUUGCCAUCCAAUGGCGUAAAGAUGUAAUCUGCAGAAAUUGUGAGAAGGGUCUGUCUGCAUCCUGCAAGACUAUUACAAGGUGUGCCAACAAUAAGUUACACCAUAAAAAUAUAAAUAAAUAAAUAAACUGUGAAAUGAUGAAGUUAGCAACAGUU